ACUUGGCGUCGUGCGGAUACAGUCAUGCGGGUCUUUUCAGCUUGGAUCGUACUAGCGCUUGCUGCUUUCACGGCUGCGGCGCCAACCACGCAUACGGUAAAGAUCAAGGAAACUGUCAACGUCCCUCGAGGAUGGACCAAGAGGGACGAGGCUCCUCGCGACCUUACCGUUGACCUGCGCAUUGCGCUUCCACAAUCCAACUUUCCACUGUUAGAACAGCACCUCUGGGAAGUCAGCGACCCUUUCAACGAACGAUAUGGAGCACAUCUUUCGCAAGAAGAGGUCAACGAGCUGAUCGCCCCACACCCCGAGAGCGUUGAUCUCGUCAAUUCCUGGCUUGCGGAGCAUGGCCUGAGCGGGGCAGACAUCGCGCGUUCACCGGCAAGUGAUUGGGUCAAAGUCCGAGUCCCAGUGGGUCUAGCAGAGGAGAUGCUUGAUGCGAAAUAUCACGUAUACGAGCACUCUACAGGGGACACGCUUGUCCGCACUACGUCCUACAGCUUGCCGGAGCAUCUUCAUGCCCACAUCGAGCUGAUCCAACCGACGACGCUCUUCUCGCGCUUCCGCGCGAGUAAAGCAACUCUCCACUUCGACCAGGCCGCCCAGACCUCUAGCACUAAUACAGAUGCACCUGCAAUCAGCGUACCGUCUGCCUCGGGUGGCACAGUCGACGCCAGCUGCAACACUACGAUUACCGUUACUUGUUUGAAGGAACUUUAUAACGCUGUUGGUUACACUCCCUUGGUGAACAGUGGUAACCAGGUCGCCUGCACAGGAUAUCUCGACCAAUUCGCGAACUUGGAUGACUUGCAGCUGUUCUUUGCAGACCAGGUCCCCGCUGCCGUCAAUUCAUCUUUUAAAUUGAUCUCCAUCAAUGGAGGGCAGAAUAACCAGAGUGAACCGGGCGACGAGGCGAAUCUUGACACGCAGUUUCUCUUUGGCAUUACCCAUCCUAUCCCUGCGACGUUCUUCACCACCGCCGGCAGUCCUCCCUUUAUUCCCGAUGUUCUCACUCCUACGGACUCCAACGAACCCUACCUCGAUUGGCUGGACUUCAUCUUGAACACUCCGAACCCACCCCAAACAAUUAGCACAAGCUAUGCAGACGAUGAGCAAACCGUUCCCCCGAGUUUUGCUCAGAGGGUCUGUCAAGGUUUUGCCACGUUGGGUGCGAAGGGCGUCUCGCUUACCUUCAGCUCCGGUGACGGCGGCGUGGGGGACGGUGAUCCAGAUCCCGCCACACAAGAGUGCUUCACGAAUGACGGGCGCAACAAGACCGAGUUUGUACCCGAGUUCCCACCGUCCUGUCCGUUCGUGACCGCGGUCGGUGGUACCAUCCACGUUCCAGAGACCGCCGUCGACUUCUCAGGUGGUGGAUUCAGCAACUUCUUCAGCCGCCCAAGCUACCAGGCAGCUGCUGUGCCUGGGUUUUUGAGCACACUGGUACCUGGAACUUACGCAGGUUUAUUCAAUCCGAACGGGCGUGGCAUCCCAGAUGUUGCGGCCCAAGCUGAUAAUUUCCGUAUCUUCUUUGGCGGUAGCCCAAUCCUCAUCGGGGGUACCUCAGCGGCUUCACCGACAUUCGCCGGUUUUGUAUCCUUGUUGAACGACGCGCGCAUUAGGGCGGGAAAAUCGCCACUGGGUUUCCUCAAUCCGCUGAUUUACAGCAUUGGUGCCAACGCCGGACUCACCGGUGCUUUCAACGAUGUCACGACGGGAAACAACCCUGGAUGCGGUACUCCCGGGUUCAAUGCAACCACCGGAUGGGAUCCAGUGACUGGCUUCGGCACGCCCAACUUCGGCGUCCUCAAAGACAUUGUGCUGGCGCUGCCGUGACCUAUAACAGGCCUUCGGCAGUUUCUACAUAUGAACUCUUUACGGAGCCGAUUCAGUGAUGGGGUGCAUAAUAUCCGGAAAUAGCGAUGUGGUGUUUCUAAACAACAUACACGACUGCUAGGUAUUCGAUACCACCGUCACCGGCCUGAUCAUCUAGACAGGUAGUUGCC